AUGUUAAUGAGGACCAAUUCUGCCAUACUGGCGGAACCACUUGUAUGGCCUACCCACCCCAACGUGCAGUCCGUCUGGCGACCUCAGCAUAGACAGGUGGUCAAGGCACUGAAAAAGCGGCUUAUCGACUUCACAACCCUUCAAGUCCUUGACCGCGUGAAGCCCUACCAGCUCUUGACCGAAGCUUUCGGUUAUGCGAUUGGCUCGAAAAUGAUGCAAACUCGUAGUUUUCCUUUGCUGAGCUUUGUCACCAGCUGGGAUAUGAACCAUUCUAGCACAUCGGGGGCGGGCAGGAAUGAGCUGCGAGACGUGAAAAACGUCGUAGCACUAAUAGGUAGGUAUGUGGGGCCUACCAAUCCGAGCGAUUACCGUGAAAUCUCCGUGGAACCACCGCUCGAAUUUGAAAAAGGAGUUCUGCGGCUGAAGGUGCUGCUGAGCCACACUUUGCCCCCCACUUCGAAAACGAGAUCCCGAGUCAGCGUAGGCCUUCUAUGCCCUGAUGCGUAUUUUGUCCCCCGCUUCGAAAAGGAGAUCCCGCCGGCGUACGCCAGCGUAGCAUCCAGGGUGUGCUGUCCCACGUCUUGCAUUGUUACAGAAUCGUUGGCUCGCGCGAGUUUGGCUGCCUUAACACCAGGCCCCGCUGCCGGCAUCGCCGGAACUACGGUGGAAACAGAACAUCUUUGCAAAGCCAUGCUUGAGCAGCACCAGGUAGUUCAGCGAGGAGCAUAG